CCCUUUCAGACUGUUUUGGUCUUUUCGCUGUUAGCAACGGAAAGAACCCGAGAUAGCUGUGAACCCUAUUUAGAGAUAACAGAUUUUUUCGUUAGGAUUAGACACAACAAACCGACAAGAGGUGUUACACCCAUGUUUAUUUUUGGAAGAGUGAUUUGCGCGUGUUGUCUUUUUUUUUUUUAAUCACACGUUUUUCAGUUUUAAUGGGAAUUGUACAGAUUGCUAAUUUAGCUAGCAAACUGUUAGCUUCUUAGCAUAGCAUCGUCCUCAAGAGACACACUGACAUUAGCCUGAUAGCUAAGCCCGAUCUUUAAGGAUUUGCUAACCAGCUGUCACCCAACAACAACACACAAAAAACCCACACACACACACACACACAGCGACUCGUUUUGCGGUGUGAAGCUGCUCGUUUUCAAAACGCCGUCUUUUAUGGGAUCACCAUGUCAAUGAAGGCCGGUGGUAAUCGCAGCAAGCCCGGCGGAGGCAGCACAGCUGGUGCCGCCGCCUCCGGUGCCGGAGGAAGCGGCGGGGGAAGACAGAACAUGGGCAGGGGCAGACACAGUGGUAAAGGUCCUGCAGCUGUCAUUUUCAAUGGGGUAUAUGCAAAUAUGAGGAUGGUCCAUGUCUUGACUUCAGUGGUGGGGGCCAAGUGUGAGCUGAAAGUGAAAAACGGAGCGGUCUAUGAGGGAGUAUUUAAGACAUACGGCCCAGAGUGUGACCUGGUGUUGGAUGCAGCCCACAGAAAGAGCCCAGAGCCGAGCAUAGCCCCCAGGAAGGAAGAUAUUGUGGAGAGCAUCAUUUUCAAGGCCUCAGAUGUUGUAGUAGUGACCUUCAAAGAUGUGGACCUCAAUUUUGCCAGGAAAGUCUCCUCUGACACAGACAAUUUCACAGAUGCAGCAGUGAGCACUAGGAUCAAUGGCGAGCAUAAAGAGAAAGAUCUAGAGCCCUGGGAUGGAGGAGAGACCCACAACUCUGACAGCCUCGAGUCUCUGGAUACAGAUGUGUCAAACGGGUGGGAUCCAAAUGACAUGUUCAAGUACAAUGAGGAGAAAUAUGGAGUCUUGUCUACAUAUGACAGCAGCCUGUCUACAUAUACGGUCCCCCUGGAGCGGGACAACUCAGAAGAGUUCCUCAAGAGGGAGGCGCGUGCUGCCCAGCUGGCGGAAGAGAUUGAGGCCAGUGCAACAUACAAAGCCCGCGUAGCCCUGGAGAACGAUGAACGCUCUGAGGAGGAGAAAUAUACUGCUGUGGUGCGAGGGGAGAGAGAGUCUCACACACUCAGCAGGGAGAACAAGUACAUUCCUCCAGGUCAGAGGAACAGGGAGGCGAUGUCGUGGGGACCGGGACGUCAGAAUUCCCCCCGUCUGGCUCAGAGUUCAUCUGGACCGUCAGCUCCUCGACCAGGACCCCACGACUACAGUCCCAGCUCCGGGGCUGACCAGAGGGUGGUCAAUGGAGGUCCAUCCCAUUGGCCCUCACCCUGUCCGUCUCCUUCCUCCCGCCCCCCUCGUUACCAGUCUGGCCCCUCCUCCCUGCCUCCUCGGGCGACCACGCCCACCAGGCCACCCUCCAGACCCCCCUCUCGACCUUCCAGGCCUCCCUCUCACUCAUCCCAUCCUUCCUACCCCUCCUCCCCAUCCUCUUUUUCUCACCAUGGGCCCACGUCUCCAGCCAACACCCUGCCCAAACGCAUGUCUUCAGAAGGUCCACCCAGAAUGUCUCCAAAAUCACAGCGGACACCUCGUGCUCACAGAGUGCCACCCUGCCGGACUACUGGAGUCCCCCCAGGAGUGGACUUAAUUUCCCACAAUGCCCCUGGAGAGGUCCCAGUGACUCCACCAACCAGGAGCAGCUCCUCUGGAGGGACAUGGUCAUCAGUAGUUAGUGGAGCUCACAGACCUCGCUCCCCCCGACAGAACAGUAUGGGUGGAGCGUCCUCUGGCUCCUCCUCCAUACCUUCACCCCAGACAGGAGCAACACCUGUGGAAACUGCUGCCACACCAACAUCAACUUCCUCCCCUACUGCUGCUAGCCCCGCCCCCGGCAUGGUCGCCUCUCCAUUAGCAGAUGCAAAGGAGUGUCGUGUUCAGGAAACAAGGCAAACAUCCCCAAUGGCAAACAAGGAGAAUAUCAAGCCCUUGGACAGCUCACCCAGUAUCACCAGACCAGUCUGUAAAGGACCCCCUUCUAUGGCAUCAGACCACAGAAAACAAAUAGAUAAUUUAAAGAAAUUUAGUGUCGAUUUUAGGUUGCAGUCUAGUUCAAACUCUGACCCCGCCUUUGACCAGAUGAUGACCAAGCCGCCCAGAGAUCCAGCGGACAAGCCGAAAGACCUUCCCCUGGACAAAGCCUCCGCAGUUGGGCGGGAGGGCCUCGAUGAUGGUGCUGUGAUUGCUGCAAGUGCCCCCGGUUGUGCCCCUGCCCCAUCUACCAACACCACCAUCAACACCAGUAAGCCUGGCAGUCCCGCUGCGCUGUCUCCCUCUCCUUCAGCCCCAGACAUGAAGAGGGCAGGGCUGGAUGUGACAUCACAGGGUGUUCAGACAUCGGCCACGUCCUCAUUCAGUGGACCCAAGCAUGAAGAAAAGGAGGAGAAAAAGGAGGCUGUACAAGAUCAAGUGAGGAAGUCAACUCUGAACCCUAAUGCCAAUGAGUUUAAACCCAGGUUCAACACACAGCCCAAACCAGCCAACACUCCGACGCCUCCCCGGCCUCAGGGCCAGCCCAGCCCCUCCAUCAUGGUCCAGCAGCCCCAGGCUGUUUACGGCCAGACAGUAUGCUUCCCACAGAUGUAUCCCCUCACACCUGUCAGCCCUGGAGUGCAGAAAAGCAUAAUAUGGAAGUCUCCAGCUAUGUACCAGGUUCAGAUGCCACAUAUGACAGUCAGCCAGUCUAAACCCUACAGACCAGGUAAAGUACCCAACAUGCCCCAGCAGAGGUCAGACCAGCACCACCCACCAGGCACGCCCACCAUGAUGCAUCCAGCGACAGCAGCAGGACCCCCUAUUGUAGCACAGAGCCCCGCCUACUCUGCUCAGUACUUCACCUGCAGCCCUCAGCAAUUCACCAGUCAGCCGCUGGUUCAGCAGAUGACACAUUACCAAUCACAGGCGCAGCAUGUGUUCAGUCCAGUAAUGCAGGGCAGUGCCAGGAUGAUGGCGCCUCCCACACAUGGACAGCCCAGCCUUGUCUCUUCCUCAACUACACAGUACCCGGAGCAGACACACACCAUGUAUGUGUCUCCAGGGCCAAUGCCUCAGCAGUACCCACACCCCAGUGCCACCUUGCACCCUCACCCUCAGCAUCCCCAGCCCUCUGCUACGCCUACAGGCCAGGGCCAGCAGGGUGGUCCCCCUCAACAUGGAGGUCCACAAAGCCACCCAGCUGCUAGCCCAGUCCAGCACCCACAGCACCAACAGGCAGCAGCAGCUGCAGCAGCAGCCCAGGCCCUCCACCUGGCCAACCAGGCCCCGCAGCAGCAGAUGUACUCAACCUUGGCCCCCACUCCCCCCUCCAUGACCCCAGGACCCAACCCUCAGUCUCCCCAGGCAUCGUUCCCCUCUGCCCAGCAGACAGUCUACAUCCACCCACAGCAGGUGCAGCACGGCUACAACCACAACCACAUGGCCCAUGUGCAGCAGGCCCAUAUGCAGUCUGGUAUGGUGCCGUCUCACCACCCGGGGCAAACCCACCCCACCAUGAUGCUGAUGGCUACCCAGGGUCCUCCGGGGGGUCCGCAGCCCCAAAUGCCCCAGCAGGCACUCAACCACAUACCUGUUUCUUCCACCACACAUUUCUCCUACCUAGCACAUCCACAAGUGCAACCUCAUCAUCAGCAGCAGCUGUAGAUAGAGGGCGCCAGUGAGCCGAGGGACCCGCUCUGCGUCGCACUUCUCAGCCCGAGCCUUCAUAACCAGGCGAGGAAGAGAAUGAGAGUCCCUCCCUCUCCUCUCUUUCCUCAUCUUCACCAGACAUGCUUCACAUCAGCUUCUCCCUCCCCUCCCUCCUUCCCUCCCUGACUAGGCAAUAAGAGAAUGUUAACAGGUUGAUGCAGUGACAUGUUUUAACAAGCUAGAGAGUUGUAUCGGACAUGACUGAUCCUUUUCAGCCCCUGAUAUCUGCAAAAAUAACACACAAACAUAAACACACAAACAACACACACACUCUUUCAGGGGUCCCAAAUUGCAAUUUGAGUCCGCUUGCCAAGUAAGAUGUGGAAGAGAGAAUGAGAGUAACUAAUCAGUGAGAGUGAAGAAGAAAAUUCAACUGGAACUUGUAUUUUGUCUGCACCUUGUUAUAAAAAAAAAUCUUCCAACCUUUAAACAGUAUUAAUCUUACUGUUUAUUGCUGCUGCUAUGUGCUGCGUUUGUUUCCAGACUACAUGAAAAGUUUCUAACCAAACUAAAAAAAAAACGAAACCCGACGAGAAGCUUCCUGAGAAAUGAACACGUUUAGCAGCCGAGAGGAAAGGAGAAACGUUAUUUAUGAAAUUAUAAUGGCUGAGGUGAUCAAAUCCCACUUCUCACCUGACCCUUAUGUAACUUUUAAGUUAAAACUUUUACUUUGUAGAUAAUAUAAAUAAUUUAAAAAAUGAGCAAAAAAACUUAAAAACAAUAAAAAAGUUUUAAAAACUGAA